AUGACAACCCACUUGAAGACACACUAUAGUCAAAGCAGAGUGUCUGAAGAAAGCCAGUACUCGUUGCAAGAUGACGAUCCACUUUCUUUGCCAUCUGAAACUCUAUUAAACGAGCCUGCAACUAAAGAACGACAAGUACAACAAAGAAAAAGUAUCGUGAAAACUUCUGCUAUUAAUUUAUUCUGGAUCUUUUCAUGGUAUAUAUUUGCAACCAUUCUUUCAGUAUAUAACAAAUGGAUGUUUUCAGAGGAUCAUUAUAACUUUCGAUACCCUUUAUUUGUAACAAGUGUGCAUAUGAUUGUCCAAUUCAUCUUUUCUGGUACUUCUAUAUUACUUGUACCUCAAUUAAGGCCUACCAAAAGACCUUCAGUAUCAGACUACAUUUAUAAAAUUCUGCCUUGUGCAUUGGCCACCAGUCUUGAUAUUGGAUUAUCAAACCUAUCUCUCAAAACAAUUACGCUCUCGUUCUAUAGUAAGUCUUCUCACGAUAAGAUAGUUACUGAAUCCUUGUUAGCCAUGUGUAAAUCAUCCACGCUUGCUUUUGUGCUUAUAUUCGCAUUUAUUUUCAAGCUGGAAAAGCCUAAUUGGAAAUUAAUUUUGAUUAUUGUUAUCAUUACAGUAGGUGUUGUAUUGAUGGUGUCUGACGAAACUGACUUUAAUGUGGUUGGAUUUAUCCAAGUCAUGACAGCUGCUGCUUGUGGCGGUCUUCGUUGGUCAUUGACUGAAGUUUUGUUGCGUAAAGAAAGCAUGGGGCUCACAAAUCCUUUUGCUUCUAUCUUCUUUUUGGCCCCUUCACAAGCCAUUAUUCUACUCAUCAUCUCUGCUGGGGUAGAAGGUUAUGUUACUAUUUUCAAGAGCGCCUUUUUUAUUACGUUUGGCGAAGGCAUGCACACUAUUGGUAUUAUACUAGCAGGAGGCAGUUUGGCAUUUUUUAUGAUCAUGUCAGAAUUCUUUUUGAUCAAGCGUACCUCUGUUGUGACACUGAGUGUUUGUGGCAUCUUUAAAGAAGUAGCUACUAUCUUUAUUUCUUCUUUAGUUUUUGGUGAUGUCUUGACAAUUAUCAACAUUAUUGGUUUAUGCAUUACAUUGUUUGGUAUUGGAUUGUAUAAUUGGCUUAAAUUCAAAGUCAUUGCAGCGAAAGCACACAAAGAAACAGCAUCUCUCGAGACAGAAGAACAACAUAGAGUAGUGGACGGAUUACAGGAAGUAGACAGCGACGAGUUUGAUGAUAAUGAUAUGAUUCGGCACAACCAUAUGUAUAGCACAGUAGCUGAAAGCACGCCUAUUUUGCUGAUUGAUGGUGGUUUGACAAACUAUAGAGACAGUGAAGAUUACAAUAGACGCUCUACUGAAGAUAGAUUUGAAAUGAUAUGA